AUUUUAUUUUAACACGUUUUAUUAAGAUUGUGCAAAACGUAUUAAAUUGUUACUCGAUAGCUGUUGCUGAAUUGGUUCGUAAAGUUUUAGUGAAUCGAGUUCUAACCGCGACAGUCGCUGUGUGUCCCGUUAGCUUGGCUAGCAUGAAACCUGCUCGGGGUUCUAAAAGAGCCUCAUCAGAAGCACCGGUCACUAAAAACAAAAAGAAAGCCAAAAGGUCAGCGGAAGUAACACCGAACGAAGACCAAGAGCGAAAUGAUCAAACCACACACUCCAAAACACAUCAGAGGAUGAAAGAUGAAGGAGGUUCAGCUGCAGUCUCCAAGAAGAAAAAAGUUCAGGACAAUUGGAAGGUGAUGCCGAGUUCCUCCAUCACUGCUGUGGAGAACAUGAUGGACUUAUCAAUACUAGCAACUCUUGUUUUGAAGCGGAAGGAGAAGAAAGAGAGCCAAGAACAUUUGAACAUAAUUAAAAACAAGUUUUUAGCUUAUUGUACACAGCUUAAGGUUCCAGCGCUGAAAGAGAAAGAUUUGAAGCUUUCCUCUCUGCGGCACCAGAUGGAGGCCAAGAAGUCAGUGGCUGGAAAGAAGACGCUGAGCUCCCUGGAGAGAGACUUGAAGGCUGUCGUCAGAGCUCUGGAAAUGAUGGAGGAGAAGAUGGCGUCUUUGGAGCAAACAUGCAGUCGGCUGAGAGAUGAGCUGGAGGAGGAAGAGGACAAAGCUAAACAGAUUUUGGAGUUAACUGGUCAAGCUGUUCUCAGGCUUCCCUCUGUCCCUCCACACAAAGAGGAAACAAUGUUAGAGUCUCGUCUGAGAAAGGUCAUACCGGACAGCGAACGUGAGACGAUGGCCCGGGAACUGGGAGGAAUCUUGCAGGAGCCAGAGGCCUCCCAGGACGCCCAGGUGCUGCUUCUGCAGGCACACAAACACGCUGAUCAGCUCUUCAACCCACUGAGCAGUGAUGAGUUUAAUUGAGAGUAACAACAAAUCCAUCUUUGAUAAUUUC